CACUCACCCCCCACUCUCCCCUUCCCCAUUUAUAUUCACCCCCCAUAACCAAAAUCCAACAACCUCAAACCACACAAACACACACACCUCUUCUUCCCUCUCUCUCUCUCUCUCUCAACCAAUGCAAUCAUUCAUUCACUAAAAAAAAAAUUAAAACACCAUGCAACAAGCAAUUCCUUAUAGGUCAUGGCAACCUCUCAUCACACCCACCAACGCCAACACCACUCACUUCACAAUUAGCCCACACACAUUAGUAACCUUUUCCACAGUGUCUACAACAGAAUUAUCUCUAAAAGACGAUAUUGGUUCGGAACCGAAUAACAACAUCCAUAAUAGUGAUAAUCCUUUCUUUGUUUCCUCCAAAAUGGUGCCCAACAUGGUCUUAGAGAACGCGAUUAUAGUCUUCGCUAGGCGUGGUUGUUGCAUGAGCCAUGUUGUGAAGCGAUUGCUGCUGGGUCUUGGGGUGAACCCUGCGGUGCACGAGGUGGAGGAGAGUGAUGAAGUGGGUGUUGUUAGAGAAUUGGAAGCAAUUGUGGGUGCCAAUCAUGGAGGGAAUAAGAUGCAAUUUCCAGCAGUUUUUAUUGGUGGCAAAUUGUUUGGGGGAUUGGAUAAGGUAAUGGCUACUCAUAUUUCAGGGGAAUUGGUUCCAAUUCUCAAAGAAGCAGGAGCUCUAUGGCUUUGAGUCUUUGGCUCUCUAUUUUUUUUUUCCCUUUUUCUCUAGAUUAAUUAUUUUCAUUUUCGUUCUUGGUUUUCUUAUUGUAUUAUAUAAUUAUAUACUACUCCUACUAUUUAUUUAUGUGUUAAUUUCCGGCUAUAUAUGUUGAUUUCCUUCUCCUUGGGAGGCUGUAGAGAAAGAAAGAAAAAUGAAUUAAUAUAAUAAAAAUUUAUUCUCGAUGUGUUCAGACA